GGUGGCUCAGCACGCAGAGUUCCCCGGCGCGGCCAGGGCGUUCAUGGCGCAGCCAAGGUAUGACGAUGGCGGGCUGCACGGGGGUUACCUCGAAGGCGGUGGUGGCGGCGGUGGCGCAGGGCUAUACGAUCCACAUGGUAGUGCCCGCGGUGUUCCCGGUCUCCAUCACAGCCCACACCUGGGAGGCAUGGGCCCGGCUCACCCCCAAUACCCACCGCCACCUCCUCAGCCGCCACAGCAUGUUCUCGCGGCAGCAGCUGCGGCCGCGGCCUCAGCGGUACCCGAUGUCCACAAGCGCGACAAGGACGCCAUAUACGGACAUCCCCUGUUCCCGCUCCUCGCACUCAUAUUCGAAAAGUGCGAGUUGGCAACGUGUACGCCGCGUGAGCCUGGUGUAGCCGGUGGUGACGUUUGCUCGUCAGAAAGCUUCAACGAGGACAUCGCCGUUUUCUCAAAACAAAUCAGACAAGAGAAGCCGUACUACAUUGCGGAUCCGGAGGUAGACUCGCUGAUGGUUCAGGCGAUUCAAGUCCUCCGGUUUCACCUCCUCGAGCUCGAAAAGGUUCACGAGCUCUGCGACAAUUUCUGCCACCGAUACAUUAGCUGUUUGAAGGGCAAGAUGCCAAUCGACCUCGUCAUCGACGAUCGAGAGAGCUCAAAGCCACCCGAGCUGGGUAACGGUCUGGAUGGCAGCGGACCUAGAAGCACCGCCGACAGCACCAGCCACACGGACGGGGCCAGCACACCGGACGUCGUGAGUACCUCACCAUCGUCAACGUCUUAUUAUCCGCACGACGCGCUCACCCCCCACCAUCACCAUCAUCACCAUCACCACCAUCACCAGAGCCAGAAUAAUAACAAUAAUAAUAGUAAUCACGCCGGGAUCGGCAGUACCGCCACUACCACCCCCCUGCAACUGAGCAACCAAAACCAAAGCCAAAACCACCACCCUGCGCCGCAGUCGAACACCACCACUACUACUGCUAUUACCCCAAGUAGCGCCGCCACAACUCCCAACUCCCUAAAGCGUUCGCACCAACAGAUGAUGAUGGCAGCCGCGAUGGCCACCUCGCCGCACGCAGCCGCAUCCGCGCCCCCAGCGCACGCGCACGCCGCCCUCGCCGCCUACCACAGCAUUAGCUCGGCCGUUUAUCCGUGCUCGUAAUAGACCACGCGACUUCCGUGCCGAUUCCGCGAGACCUCUUCUUUUCUCUCUUGUUCCUCCCGAGACAUACUUUCCGUUGCUUAUCUCUCUGUGAUUCUAUCCUUUUCUUCUCUCACCAUCGUGUUUCGCUAGUGUGUUUGUCUUCUUCGUGUGUCUCAUCUAUCGAGUCGUAUCGAAUAUUCGAUUGGAUAGACACGACACAAGAUGAUGCAUAGGAACAUCGCAUGGUGUUGUUCCUUUAGAAUCGAUCGCGUUUUUACGAUUGAGUCCGUCCUUUAAGGGAUUGAUAUUUCUCUGGCAAGACGGAAAAAGAUCUCUGUGCCGCAAUAAUUGAAUCGUGAUUAACAAUGGGCUAAGUUGGAGGCUUUAGCGCUUUAGCGCUUUUCGAUUCGUUUUCGCGGAGAGGUCAUAUAUACGCGUGGGAGUCAAAACACACAAGUCUGUGUUAGAGCAAACGGGUCUGUACUCCAUAAGUAGUCGGUACCUAGCAUCUGAUCGAUGUCGAGACGCGUGGGUAGCAACUUCUAGAAUUCUAAUAUCCACGUUCGACCUUUUCAGAAGGAAGGCAUUCGUAGAAUACGCUAGAUCGAAGAUUCUCUACGCGAGCAAUGAAGGGUCUUGUAUUGUUGGACCGGCGCUACUUGUUGGAAUUUUCUUAAGUAUACUUAAUUUAAUGUCUUAUGCUACUCCGCGAGGAUGAGCGCCGAAUUUCUUCGACACUCAACUGACUUUGAGUUUAUUUAGUCUUUUCUUUUGUUCUCUUUUUGCCUAUAAAUUCGAGACAAUUGAGUAUCUAUUUAUUAUAAAAUUGUAUAUUCUUUAGAUUUAUUUUUAUUAAAAUG